CCAUGCGUUCGAGAUUGCAAACAUCUAAUUAAGCGAGUCGGACAUGGCGCCCAAUGCGGAGGAGGAAUUGCUGGUUGUGAAACCAUGGGGACCGCAACCAGAAAAGGAACGCUUAAGGCCACCCACGUAUAAUGCUGAAGAUUACGCAAUCGCGCUGAGACGAUGGGGAAGACGCCCAUUAGGAACUGUUCAAGACUCUCAAGGUACUUUGCCGUCGACAACCAGUUCAAGUUCCGGUUACGCAUCCGGAAGUGGCGAGAUGACCUUGAGACAAUUCACAUCGGUCAGCGAGCUGUUAAAUAAACUCAGAGCCGAUCUCAGACUUGCCUUUCCCAGCUUCGUGCAAGAGUUCGCCUCGCCGCCGGCGGACGGAAUGACCCUGCUGUUGGAAACUUUACGCGGCGUUCAACUGGCUCAAAGUUCACCCCCGAAUUCGGGGCAGACCGGACCUAGGAUCGGUACCAGAAGGGCUGCCUUAGACGAAUUGGGGUGCGUGGAAUGCCUGGCGGCAUGCGGCGAAAGAUGCGCCGAUGCACCGCGACUAUUAGUGCAAGCUCAACCUGGCCUUCUAGCUCUCGCGGUCUGUCUGACUAGUAGUCUCAACCGGUCCCGAGUUCUGGCUCUUCAGCUCUUGACGAAAGUGUGCCAAGCACCAGGUGGACACGCUGCUGUUUCGGAAGCAGUAUCGACUCUGAGACUCAAAUAUGGAGAAGGAGGGAGGUUUCGAUUUUUAGCAGGCGCUCUUUUAGCCCCGAGAGCAGCCAUCGCGUUGAGGGUUGCAGGAGUUUCGUUUUUAAACGCUUUUCUGAAAUCUGCACCCCGCACGCAAACCAAGUUAUACAUUCAGGCUGAGGCCUGCGAAGCUGGUUUAGAGCCGCAGGUACUUCAGGAAUGGCUUAGAGAAUUUGACGGACGCGAAGAGGACGCUUUAACUGAUUUACUGCACAAGGAAGUUCAGAGAUGGGCAAACAACUGUGUCGACGUGGAUGCUCUGCAACGCAGAGUGACGCGUGCGGAAGAAACUUGCAGGGUACUCAGCAAAAAGGUGUCGCUUUUGCAGAUGCAAUUAGAGAAACGAAAUGACUGCAACUUGGAAGAACGAGAUAAAUCCACGCCGGUGAUUCUUAUUGCUGCUAAAAGCCCGAAAGUAUCUUCGAACGCGGAAGAUGAAGGUAUCAGCUCUUCGGAGAGAUCCAGUAGUCCUGAAGAUACAAAGCAUCAAGCAAGAAUCAACCGGCAGAAAGUCUCACCUGUGCAAAGCAACGAUCAGGAAACAACGAUAGAUGACGUGAUCGAGGAGCUGAGAAUCAUAGUGAAAGACGCUGAGGAAGAAUUCAGCGACAAAACUCAAGAAUUGAAUCAUCGUGCUAAUAACAAUCAAGAAACUGUCCGUAAUAAGCAAGAAUCGGAUAAAAAUAAAUUAUAUCGAUCGAAUUCCAAGAUCUCGUUGAAUAACUCUGAGAGUUAUAUGUACGACAAAAUAUCCAAGAGAGACCAAUAUACGGAUUUGAAGAUACUAAAAUCGAAUACGGGCUCUAACGCAUUUCAAAAUCAGAUAAAAAGUGAGCAAGUGACUUAUUUCGGCAAUGAUCAAGAUUAUAGUACUGAUUCGGAUGGCACAAAGAAAUUGAGUCUUGGGCUGCGCAAAACAUCAAAGUCAUCGAUGGAAGGCAGCGUUAAGAUAGUUGUAAAGGGACCCGAUGUGGAAGAGGCAAUAGUACCGGCUAUUCUACAUCCACAACCGCCACGAAGGGCACCGCCGUGCUUAUCAGCCAUCAUGUCCGCUAGGCAUUGCGACUUCGCUGAUCAUGCAGAGAUGUACAACUCCCACGACGAGGAAGUCGAGGAAGAAACUCUCGGUGACGGCAGCGAUUCAUUGCUAAGCGCCUCCAAACUCAAGUAUAACAGCAAACAUCAAAUCUACGACGGACAAAUGAGAAUUAUUAAUGAGAAUCACUUGCAGAAACAAACUAAAAGUGAUACUAUAUUGAUAGGCUCGAAUCGUAUCGAUGUUAAAUUUAGAAAGAGUCUCGAUGAUUUGCAUCACUUCGAAGAUAAUGAUAGAAAAACUUUGAGAAAUUACGAUGCUUCGAAAGCAAAUAUUAUUACGGAUGUCAGGCCAAUUAAUAAACAAAUCGACGUUUACAGACAAUUCGAAUCUAUUCCCAAGGGAUUUGAGACGUCCUCUGGACGAUCGGCUGAUCAACGGAUGAUUCAUCGGCAUAGUUCUAAAUAUAGAAGCGAAAUAGAAAAGAGGAAAUAUUUACGUCGUUCCGCUAGUCAUGAUUACUUCGAGUCGAAUGUGUCCAGUCCACAAUCGAGACGGUCGGGGAGUAAAGUGGAGUGUCGUAUCAGAAAAUUUGAAAGUUUAAAUUCUUUUGACGAGCAUCGAAGUCUACAGAAUUAUGAGAGAUCAAACGACUUUGAGAAUCUUGGUAAGCAUGAGCAGGUGUCACUGCUGACUGAUUCUUCUAGAUUUAAAAUGCGUAGAUCGGAAUCUUUUCAUCACAUCUCUCAUCAUGUGUCAAAGAGAGAUCAAUGCUCAUCGAAAGGGGAAAGCGACAGUGGUCUUUUUUAUUACACGGAUUUUAAUUUGAAGCCUGUUGUCACGAGACGACCGCGAUCAAUCGACGCACCAAAGUCUCCCAGUUUGAUAACGAAAUCCCUGGACAGGAUUGAUGAAGGCCUAGACUCGAUGGUCGAUAUUGUUAUUACGCAAGAGCAAAAUCAAUGGAACGCGAAUAAACGUCAGACAAAAGCGAUCAAAUCCCGCAAUGAGAAGCAGCCAACAAGAUCGAGAGUAAUCAAAUCUUAUGAUUUUUGUGGUAAUUCUUCAGAAUUUGAUCAACAAGGAAAGCGAGAUAAUCUCGUUUCUAGAAAUAAAGAAAUAAAGAACGAUGAACUGUAUCAUGUUAACAAUAAGCAAUUAAAAAGUGACGAAUUCUACGAAGAGAACUCGCGAAUGGAACUACAGAGAACUCGCGAAUGGAAUUAUCAUAACGAGUUAAAUUAUGCGAGAAGCAAGGGCGAAAUUAAUUCAUCGGAAGACUCACCGAUAAUAUUAUCAAAAAAUGGCAUAAGACACAAUUCUUUUUGCCAGAAAGAUAAAAUCAAUAAUAAGUUCAUUAGCAGACCGAACGAAUCAGGAAUUUUUGCUGGGCGAACAUACGAUACAUUUGGUCUUGGAAAGAAUCGUUUUAACGCGGGCAAAUAUUCGGGUAAUCAGCCAAUUAAAGAAAAUCUAAUUAGUCGAAGAAAUACAACAUCUUCGCUGAUUGGGAAACGUGGAAAAGUAACGGACAUUGUCUCCGGUCUUUACUGA